AAGAGGCGGGGCUGAGGCGCGGCGAGCGCGCGAAGCCGCGGGGCGGGACCGGCCCGAGAUGCGGGUGCGCGUGCGGAGCUGGCACGGAGUCGCGUCCUGGCUGUGGGUGGCGAACGACGAGAACUGCGGCAUCUGCCGGAUGGCCUUCAACGGCUGCUGCCCCGACUGUAAGGUUCCCGGCGACGACUGCCCGCUGGUGUGGGGGCAGUGUUCGCACUGCUUCCACAUGCACUGCAUCCUCAAGUGGCUGAACUCGCAGCAGGUGCAGCAGCACUGCCCCAUGUGCCGCCAGGAGUGGAAGUUCCGCGAGUGAGGACGGCCCCGGGCACGGAGUCGGGCCGUGGCCCACCCCCGGCCGGCCCGGCCCCGCUCAAUAAAUGUGCGACGCCA